AUGUUUAACGCAAACGAGGCAAACAUGGGAUCAAAAAUCAAUUUCAUAUUCACAGGGUGCUCAUUCCUUUCGAUCUUUGUGUUCUACUUUUACCUUCCGGAAACCGCGGGGCGCUCCUUUGAGGAGAUCGACGAGAUGUUUGCUCUGAAGAUUCCUGCGCGUCAGUGGAAACACUGGCAAACAAAAAAACAGGAGGAGUCUGACCGGUACUUGAAAGAGCUGAAAAUCGUCGAGUCUCACGAUGAGCUUCCGAAAACGAUUGUGUAG